AUGGAAUUUUUUCACUUCGCGUUUCUCACUUUGGUGCUUAUCCUAGGCCAGUGCUAUUCCCAAAACUAUGACAAGGAGAAUUUGAAGAAACUGACGGAGUACCGCCAGCAGCACAGAAAAACAGUCGACGGGCGCCUGUGCGCUGCAGCAUUUGUGCAAGACGAUCAGACAUACACGGAUUGCACCAAGGCAACGGAUCCAAACGGAAUAACGGGCAGAGAGUGGUGUUACGUGGAAGUGCAGUUGGUAGGGAAAGGGAAUAGAGAUUGGGAUUACUGCAAAGGAGUAAUAAACUACGAUGUUGUCAGGUCAAAAGCGAGAACGUUCUAUUUAGCAAAGUCGAAUGAACUGAACAGUGCUGUGACAAAACUGGAAAUGGAAAAAAACAAAUUGGAAGGCAUAUAUGAGAAGUAUGAAGAAAUAUGUGGAAGCACCUCCGAAAUGGUGAAAAAAAAAUUUGAGGAAAUUAAUGACAUAGCUAAAAACUCCAGUAGAAACAUAAAUAAAUUGCUGCUUCAGGCAUCGUCCAUCGGUGACUCUGAAAAAAAAAUGUAUGAACUAUCAGAUGAGGUAGAGAAGAAUAGGAAACCCUUCCUGGAGGAUAAAAAAAAUUGUUCAAUAUUAAAAGCCUACAGUAUUGAAGAGAAAGCAGAUGGAUUAAUUGGAAGCUAUUAUGAUAAUGCUUAUUUCUCAGGAUACCCUGUCUCCAUACAAAGAGACAAGUAUAUAAAUUUUGUGUGGGACACUGGUAUUCCAGUAGAGAAUAUUCCAUACCAGCAUUUUUCCGUAAGGUGGGAUGGAUAUUUAAAAAUUCCGCAAACAGGGAAUUACAUCAUUAGCGUCGAACAUGACUGUGGGGUGAGAAUAUUUUUAGACGACUCCCCCAUCAUUGUAGAUAGCAUGCCUUAUCCUAAGGAAGAGGAUUCUGAAGAAAUGAGACCCAUACCUAUUCUUCCCAUCGGUAAAAUAAAUGCCAAGGUGAAUAAAGCCAGUUCCGAAGUGUUGGGACUACUUGGAGGAAAGAAAUAUAAAUUUCGUGUAGAAUAUUUCCACCUCAGUACUAUCAAAUAUGAAAACCCCGAUAUGGUGCACAUAAUGCUUUCGUGGAAAUCCGAUAACAUACUGGAGGAAAUUAUUCCAAAUAAUUAUUUUUUUCAAGGAAAUGUGACAUCUCCAUUACGACUUAGUCAGCUGAGGGGAGAAGAAUACGAAAUAACAUUUCUGCAGAAUGGAAUGCACGCUUUUAUGGACACGACCAAAUUUGUAGUGGCUGACAUUCCAUCCAUUUUUGAAAAAUCUAAAUGCAUACGUUCUACUCUGGACAAUCAUACUAUAAGCAGUGUACAUUUUAGGGUUAACACUCAUAGCGUCGUCUUUUUAGCCUUACCAAAGGAAGUGAAGGAAAUUCCACUGAAUGAUGUAACGAAGAGAGCAUUCGAAAGGACGAAGGACACUUUAUCAAUUUAUCAAGUGGAAGAAGAAAACGCGACAAAUGCUUCGGAGCAGAGCACAUAUAAAAUUUACUCUUCUGAAUAUUCCAGCGGAGAUGUCUUCAUAAAUUUGCUCAAACCGACUCCCUUUUUAAUAUUUUUGGAGCCACGUGAAUUGCACUCCUCCAAUAGUUGUAGGGGAUAUAUCCAGACAGUUUCAUUUCCAAAUUCUGGACUCUUUAAUUCUUGUUAUGCCUCAUCAUAUGAGUCAGCCAAAUUUGACUGCAAUGGUGGGUUCAGUGGAAAUAACCAGGACAAGGAGUACGAAACGUGGAAAACGGCAGCUGAUAAAUCAUUAGGGCAAUACCUAAGUGUGAACUUCAAAUACGAGAUAGACAUUCACUCCUUCACUUUUAGAACUCUGUCCUCUCUGGAGAAUCAAAUCACAGAACUGACUGUGUAUUUUCCAAAUAUUAAAACGCCUGAAGUUUUUGCCAUUUCCCCGGGACACCACCACUACAAGCUGAAUACCCCAAUAAAGGCGAAAAGCGCCAAGGUGGUCAUAUCCAAAGUGAGCGAUCCCAAACGGCAGAGUGGUGGAAACGUUGCCUUCUAUGGUAUCCCUUGUAUAGACCCCCAAAAUGAGCAACCAAAUGAACAAAAAAAUCAACGCGAAAUUAACGUAUUUUUUAGCAGCAAAAAUAAUAACACGUCAUCCAAACCGUUAAAUUGGUUAAUUGAUAAUGGACUGAAAAAGGAUCAGUAUGGAUUUUUCAAAUAUGGGUGGGGGAAAUUACCCACCCCAGUGGAAUCAGAAAAUUUGGAUAAGGACCCCUCACAUGCGGGAAUUUCUUUCCUUCCUUUGGAAUGCAAAAAUAACAACCAACCUUGUGAUACCUCUAAUACAUGGUCAAUUGAUUUACCGCAUGAAGGAACAUACUACAUGGCCAUCGAAAUAGGUUCUCCAACCGGCAGACAAGAACUAAAUUCCAUCACAGUUAAUGGAGAUGUUUACAUAAGUAAUAUGUUUUUAAAGCCUAAGCAAUAUACUAAAGUUACCUCUGAUAUUAGCAUCUCAGACAGUAAAACACUUCAAAUAUCCACUGACACCAAUACCGUAAUGCAGUCAGUGCAGCUUUUGUUCCUUCACAAAUGA